AUAUUAUUAACGGUAGUGUUUUUUUUUCUCGUAGAAGAAGUCUGCAAGAAGAGUUUGAUUUCGGGGAAGACUCACGUGUGCAAAGUAUUGGACGACUGCAAGACAGCCAUUCAGGACAUUAGGGACAACGUCAAGUAUCCGACCAUUUGCAGUUUCAAAGGAAAAAUGCCAGUGGUGUGCUGUGCGCCGGAGACUGUGACCAGAGAAGAAAGACUAGCCGUAGAUGAAGUCAUUCCGGAAGUUUUACCCGGAAUAACGCUGCAUUUUCAAAGCUACAAAGAUGGAUUAGUCGAAGAUAAUCUCAUCACCUACUCUCGACCUCGUCGUCAAAUUGUGUCACGAAUCCGAUAAAACACACGAAUAAUAACACGCGAACAACGCAAUGUACAUUUUUAUGAAUCGAAAUGACCACCGAAUUCGAUUCACAUCCCAUACCGAAUCACAGACGACAUUGUGCCGACAGGUUGCUGCUGCAGUCCAUAUAUUAUUAUUAUUAUUAUUGUCCUGGUACCUGUUCACGAAUUGGCGAGGAAAAGAAAAUCACAAGACAUUAUAAUAUCGUACGACUUAUAAUAUUAUAACAUUUUAUUAUAUUAUUAUAUUGUCGUUGUGACAUGCUGACUCUCCUCUGCAUCACAUCACUCGUCGGCCCACGGAUUUUAUCACUUAAAAAAAAUACAAAAUAAGUAUUCGACUUUGUUCAAUUAUAUUAUAAUACGCGAAUAUCGACGGCCUCGUUGAAUAAUUGCAUUAGUCACCGGCAAUGUUGCGGAAACGGUUGCAUUUUCGCAUCGAUUAAAUAUAAUAUUAUAUCGGUCGGUCCGAAUGAAUCGAAGGGUCCGCAGGUGGUCGCAUAUAAUUAUUAACAUAUCACGGUCGCAUGAUACCUCAAUACAAAAUAACACAUAAAACAUAAGAAAAUGUUUUGAGCUAAUGCAGUCAGCCGAUGAAAAUAUCUUAACCGCAGCGACCGCUUUAUGGUCACCGAAGAUAAUAUAUUUUUGCGAUGCGAUUAUCGCGCGGGAAACCGGUCAUAUAUCACAUAUUAUUAUAUCCGCAACAGAAUUAUUAUUGUUAUUAUUUUUCUUAAACUAUCAUAAUAAUGUAGGUACAAGACGUGUCUGUGUAUGAUUUGACCGCAACCUAUUCUAAUACAUGUAUAGGUAUAGGUAUUAUCGUUUCGAACGCGGCUUUACUAUCGACGAUUCUUCGCGAUUUACGCACAUACAAUUUUACGUUCAUAUAUGGGUAUAAAAUAAUAUGUAACUGAUACCACAGUAACACUCUAGGUGUUCUGCAAUAUUGUUAUUUGAUAUUGCCGAGUUCGGUGAUUAGCCGAUACAGAACACAUUUUAAUUUUUAUGAUAAUUUAUGAUUUAUGUGCUUGUAUUUGCCGUGUUCUUAUUUGUCGUGAUUGAAAUCCGAAACCUGUACAACGAUAAUGCCUAUAGGUAUAAUAGGUAGAAAUAAAUAAUAAUAUUAUAAUAUUGGGUAAGCACUGCACCACCAUCCGUCUCCCAGCAGCAGUCCGGUCGUCACAACUAUAUUGCAACUAUUCUUUUAUGUAUGCAUCAAGCCUGCAUCUCCUUUCGGAUUUUUUUUUUUUAAUUUAAUAUUUUAUUAUUCUGUGCUUAUAAUAAGCAUAGAAAACACUUAUAAAAUAAAAUGUAUAAAUAGCGAUAUUCUAUGAGUAUGAUAUUUCAUUGAUUUAUGUAAUAGUGAUAUUUUCCAUUUUUUUUUUUUAAAUUAAUUUUUUAUUGUAACAAUAAGUAAAACAUCUAGUCAUUUUUGCUUUAUAAGCUACUCGUUAAAAAAUAGUACCUAAUUUGUUUUCGAAUAAAAAUAAAAAUUGUUAUAAUAAUAUUGCUAUAUACAUUUUUAAUUGGUGUAAAAUACUGAACAAUUAAUACAUGACUUGCCUUUUCAAGUAUAUUACAGUUUAUUAUUGAUCACUUUAAAAGAGCACAAUAUGUCCAAGUAUAGUAUGGCUACAUUUCAAUAUUGUAAUAUUAUAGGUAUUACCUACUCGUUUCUUUUAUACACAUAAUUAAAACGCAUAUUAUAUUUAAUAAAUAAACUGUUUGA